UGCUGCCUCUGGAUCAUCUUCCUCAUCCUCCUCCAGCUCGUCAUCGUCGCCGCCCUCGGCGCCGCCUUCUACGUCUUCUACCGCCCCCACCGCCCUUCCUUCUCCGUUACCUCCCUCAAGCUCCAAACCUUAAACUUCACCACCAACUCCCACCUCACCUCCAGCUUCAACCUGAACAUCACCGCUCGAAACCCUAACAAGAAACUCGUGUUCAUCUACAACCCCAUGGCCAUCUCCAUCUUCUCCAACGACGUCGACAUCGGCGACGGAAUCAUACCUUCCUUUGUGCAUGGGAAGAAGACCACGACGCUGUUGAAGGCAAAGAUCGCGAGCAGCGGGAAAGAGCUUCAGAGCAGUGAAGUGAGUGCUUUGAAGGCUGACAUUAAGAGCAAAAGUGGGCUGCCAUUGAAGGUCAGGUUGGACACUAAAGUGAGAGUGAAGGUGCUUGGGCUGAAGACUCCAAGAAUUGGAAUUAGGGUUAAGUGUGAGGGGAUUAGGGUAACUUCUCUUCCAACUGCUAAAGCUCCUGCCACUGCUUCUACUUCCAACGCUAAGUGUAAGGUUGACGUUAGAGUCAAGAUCUGGAAAUGGACCCUGUGAGGGGAAAUUGAAUUUGCAAAAUUAAAGAAAGAAAAGGAAAAGAAAAAAAGGUGUGAUAUAAUUUUUGUUUUGUUUUCUUUCUAAGAUUUUGUAUUAUUUGUCUUAUAUUUUUGCGAAUUUAAUUUUGUGAUUAUUUUUUAUUAUGUUUUGUUAAUGAAAGGGUGGUGGUUGAUAUUGUAUAUUGUGUUAGAAAGCAAGUUGUUAAUUUGUUGUAUUAAGAAAUUGUUUGUGUAUUAGCUAGGUAUUAUCUGUUUCAAGAUGUAUAUUAUCACAGUUUUCCAUUUAGUCGUAUUAUGAACUGUACACGUGCAAACAUGCAGUUUGGGAAAAA